GCACGCUGCUGUGCUCUUUCUCUCUCUUCUCUUUUUCCUCUCUCUCUCUCUCUCUCUCUCUCUAUUUUAUUUAUUAUUAUUUUUUUUUUUAUUCUUUCUUUUUUUUUUUUUUUUUUUUUCAACCCCCCCCCCAAAAAGUUUUUGUUUUUGUUUUUAGUGGAAUUCGGUGUGUGUUUGGUGGUGUGGCUGUGUGUGUGUGUGUGUGUGUGUGAGAUUGUGUUUAAAGUGCGUGUCGACAUUGGACAGUUACACGUGAUUUGACACCGCCCGAAUUUUCGGCCACUGUUUGUGGAUACAUACCUAUUUAAACGAAACAGAAAAUGAAGUAAAAAAACAAAUAAUAAAUCAAUCAAUCAAAGUGCUUUUACCAAGUGCCAUCCUCAAAGCAAAAAAAAAAAAAAAAAAAAAAAAAGUUCGGUGUCGUUCAAAGUUGGGUGGUGAAAAAAAAAAAGAAGAAGAAAUUAGGACGAAAAAAAAAAAAACAAAACAAAAAAAAGAGCUUCAUUUCCAUAUAGACCCCAGGUGAUGGGGGUCAGGUGAUAACGCUGACACGAAGUGGCACCCCAGCCUCGUUCAACUACCUGCCAUCACAUAUAUACGUAUAAGAAGAUCAAAGAAAGGAAAAAGAAAAAUCUAAACAAAUGUCUACCAGUUGCACGUCAGCGGCUUUGGCAGCCACGACGUCGGGGUCCAACAGUCUGGCACGCAACACCAGCGGCGCUACUUGCGCUGCCACUCUCUACGCCUCCAUAGAUCUUCAUUCAGACGAUGCUGAUGUGGGAAGCGGCGAGGAGGCCAACGUGGACAAAGAUAAAAUGACACCCGUCUUGCCCGUCUCGAUGCCGAUGAUGUCGGCCUCGACUCGACGCAACAAACGCAAGAACUUCCAGCCGCGCAACAUCAGACCCAGCGAUUCGCCAGACGGCGAUGAUGACCAAGACAAUAACGAAAUGGAAUUGACAACCAACCAAACGGAGGACGGAGCGGACGGCCAUCCGCCGACGCGGGCCGUCGUUGGCGAAGCCGACGUCACGUCGAUCUCUUCCCGCCGUUGCGAUCUUAAAAGCCAACACGAAGACCGAGGGGAGAAAGGGAUCCUUCUCAAAGAAACAUCGUCCGAUAGAGGAGGUGAUGUCACGUCGUCUCGUUCCACAGACAAACUCGGCCAUCGGUUAACGGACGGAUACAGUCAAGACUUGGCCGGGACGAACAGCAGCAGUCAGAGCAGUCAAUCGGCCAGUCACAGUGAUUUGCAUAGUUGUAGGGAGGGUAGUCGCGAUAGCAGCCGCAGCACGAGCCGGAGCAGUAGCCGGGGUAGUAGUAGCCGGUGCGCUAAGAGUGCGGCCGUAGAUCUGAGAUUGCGUCCGGCCUCCAACAACACGGAAGAGGACGAUCAAGAGGACGAUGCAAAUGGGCAGAUGUCCGGCCUUCAGAUGAAGACGUGGAUGCUCUUCUGGCAGCAGCAACAGUCGUGCGUCGAUGGCGCCAAACCGCCUUUCAUUGCGCCUUGCGAUUCGCACGAGCGUCUCGGAAGGGAGGACGCGAACUCGCAGGUCGAGCCAAACGCCAGUACGCGACGUGCGGAUGAGAAGGCGAACGCAACCCACGACUACGCGGAGGUAGCGAUGCGCGAAUUGCUCGGCAUCUACCGACUGCAGCGCCACGCCGACGCAGGGCAAAGUUCAAACGUUCGCGCCAGUUCGCCUAUUGGUCGAUCAGCCGCAGAAGGUCAAACGCGACCAGUUGACUCGGUUGGCAUCGGUUCAUUAAGAACAUCAUUGACAUCUUGUCAACAACAACCACCCACCCCACCGCACACGCCCAAAACGUCGACCACGACCAGUGGUCAGACGGCCCUGCCACUCGGCAGGACGAGUGACUUUAACGAGCCAUCUCUCAGGGCUUUACAAACACACAUCCAGUCUAUUCUGAGUCACGUGACAUCGUCCACAUCCAGGCAGCCGUCGCCGUCCAAACAGCUGACCAACUGCGAUGAUUCGCCUAGCGGUGCCGACGUGCGACCAAGGUCUACGAAUCAUCAGGAUGGGGUGACGUAUCCGUUGAAAGCGGCCAGUUUCGCCAACAUCGAUCUCCACGUGGACGUCGAUGAUGACGUCACAGGGCAGACCAAAGGCUUUUACGACCAGCACGAACUUCAGCAACUAGCGCCUACUAAUUUAGCAGAUGGACGACGCAACGCGGCCAGCGCAUCGAGCGGGAACGGGACGGGCAGCAGCGGAAGCGGCAAGAGCAGCGCCCCUAUCGACUACAGCCGCUACGUCAAGCGUUUCGGGAGCGCCGCUGAAUGCGGCAGUCCGUAUUGCAAAGAUCUCAACUACAGGGAGCAUUUCCACUGUUUGGAUUGCCAUCCGCGCGUUUUCGUCAAAAAGGAGGAAAUGAUCCGACACUUUAAAUGGCACAAGAAGCGCGACGAGUCGCUCCAGCACGGAUUCAUGAGAUAUUCGCCAGGUGAUGAUUGCAACGACCGAUACCGCGGAUGCCCUCACAAUCGCAAACAGACUCAUUACCACUGCGUCAAGGAUACGUGCGAUAAGGUGUACAUUAGCACGUCAGACGUACAGAUGCACGCCAAUUACCAUCGCAAGGACUCGGCCAUCAUCCAGGAAGGUUUCCAACGUUUCCGCGCCACCGAGGACUGCGCCACUGCCCAUUGCGCCUUUAAUGGCCAGCGCACAACUCAUUUCCACUGCCGGCGGCCGCCUUGCAACUACACCUUUAAGAACAAAGCCGAUAUGGAAAAACACAAGAGUUAUCACAUUAAGGACGAACAGCUGGCACGUGAUGGAUUCAAAAAAUUCAUGAAAAACGAGGCGUGUCAGUUCGACAAUUGCCGCUUCUCGCGCGUCUGCAAUCACAUCCACUGCAUCCGCGAAGGCUGUACGUACGUGCUGCACUCUAGCGGCCAACUUUAUUCGCACAAGCGCAAACACGAACGACGAGACGCCGAACUCGCUUACCAUGGCGCUGGCGGCGGCAACAUGGCGGCCAUUGCCAACACGGAUUCGACGGGAAGCAACAGCAACCCGUUGACGACCUUCCCAUCGACGAGCGCUUCUCCCGCUCUACCUGGACUACCUGCUGGACCUGCUGGAACAGACGAAGCCCAUCGAGGUCCGUUGGGUUUGUCCACAUCGGAUCUGUCCCGGUUGAUCAGCGACCCGUCCGUGGCCGCAUUCCUUUACGGCCGCAUGCCUUCGUUGCUCAACCAGUUGGAGAUGGCCCACUUACAACAUCGGCAGCGGGCCGAUCAAGAACAGCGAAUGCUGGCCGCUGCCGCAGAGGCGAAACUCCAUCAGCUGAGGAAUUCAAUGUCGAUAGGGGGCCGUCCUGACCGCAGUCCUUCACCUGUCAUGACCGAAGACGACGCUUUCCGAUUGUGCCUGGCCAAAGUCGAAACGGGCAAACCGUGCCAGCCGGAUUGCCAAAUCUACCCCAACGAACACUACCACUGCCGUUCCGAUGGAUGUUCCCUUUCCUUCAAGUCAACAGAAGCGGCCAAGGAACACUGGCGUAAUCACGAGCAACAGGAACAAAUAAGCGACAAUUAUUACAUCAGCGUCGAAGAGAAUGAGCAACCCAACCCGUGCCCGUCCAGCUGCCCUUACCAAACGAGCAAACGGCACUACCACUGCUGUUGGGAUGGCUGUGCGGAGAUCAUUCUGUCCACGGAGAACGCGUUCCGGCGGCUGGAUCAUUACAAGAUGCACGAGUACUCGAGGCGCGGUCACCAACCUGCGGUGGUGGCGCCACCUGUGGCAGCUUUGAGCGGCCUCGGUCAUCCGUCUGGUUCCAGCGGUAGCAAAGAGAUCACCUUCACGACGGGCAGCUCCACGUCGACCAGCUUCUCGUUGGAUAGCAUGUUCCGGCGGAAACGUGGCCGGCCUCCAAAGAACCGGGUUAUCGAAGUUUGGAACGAGCCCUCAUCGAUGAAUUCCGGAUCGGGUGCACCGGACACACCGCAAGCCGUGUUCACUAGUUUCAAGUUGCCGAAACCAUCGACCCCGCCGCUAGUGCCUUACUCGUCGGUCGGAAGUAGUUCCAGCCAUUUUGCACCGCCGCUUUACGGAAUAUCAGGUCCGUCUCAUUCGGCCUCGUCCAGCCGAUCCAACAGCAGUGAAUGGAAGAGCCAGCGAACGUUAUCGCCUAGUCCGGAGCGUUCUGAAGCCAGGCACAGCACGAGGAAAGGUCAAUCAGCUGCCGAUAAGUGCGCCCUCCUGCUCAAGCGGAACAGUUCUCCCGCCGGAUCGUCUCCGGCACUGCAGCAUCCGCCACCGGCUCCGCUGCGCUCGCCGGAAUCGCCCGUUAAAUCCAUCACAGUGGUCAAAGCGGCCGGAACGUUUUAUCCAUCGUCUGCGUUUCCGACCAAGAACGAAGAACUCGGUCCUCGUUUGAUGAAUUCAUCACUAACGCCACGCCCUCUUUCACCGGUUAACCUUCGUUCAACCGGUGCCUCGUCGUCGGGUCAUCGGGAAUUGUCGUCUUCUUCGCCCACGCCCAUUACGACGCAGAGUUCCUCCUUAUCGACUCGUAGUUCCUCGUUAUCGCCUUCGUCGUCGUCGUCUGUUUCGCCUUCGCCGUCAGCCAAUCACAGCGCGGCUGCCACCACCUCCCCGCCAACGCCGGCCAUUCUUACGGAAAAGCCUCAGGCGUACGGACCAGACCACUCAUGCGGGCGGCCAUUUUGCAAACUGAAACGCAGAGAACAUUACCACUGCGCCGUCUGCAAUCAGGCUUUCUCGGAAAUCGAUAAAUUGAAGCCGCACGUUCUUAAACAUUGCACGGGAGCACUGAGUCCCACGUUGAACCAAUGGAGCGGCAACAGUGGACCAGGCCCAUUGCCGACCGAUGUUGCAUCGAUAGGCGCUGGAGCUUCCGAUCGAGUUAAUCAAACGGCCAAUUGCAAAGACAUGGACGCCAAGAAGGAAGAGCUCUCGCGAAUGGCGUUGUUUAACAAUGCCACCGGAUUAGGGACGUCGUCGCUUCCACAAUCGGAGGCAGAACUGCGCGAUCUGGCGUCGAGAUCUUCGGCAGCCCUUCACGCCCUCAGUUUCAUGUCGCCAAUGGGUGGGCCCUUUGGUCUCGGCUCUCCCAGUCAGCUAACUGGCAAUCCGUCUUCGUUUCACUCGCCUGGUAUGCAUCAGACCAUUUACGCUGGAUCAGGUUUAAUGUUGAACAACCCGAUGGGAACGACUGCUGCUUUCAACCGACCCAUGAGUCCAGGUAAAACGGCGUCGCAGGGACACAAGAGGCCGUCCUCGUCACCUAUCGAUCAUUCGAUGCUGAGCCCCGAGGCCAAGAAGAUGCGAUUCCCAAGCAACAUGCGACUUCUGAAAGACGAGCCCGUUCCAGACGGCUACGUUCGGUUCAGGUUCAACGAAGAUUGUCAGUAUUCACAAUGCGGUUACAGAGAACACCAGACCCAUUUUCACUGCAUGCGUCCAGAUUGCGGUUACAGUUUCUGUGACAAGACUCGCUUCGUGCAGCACACUGCCCGUCACGAGAGAUUGGACACGUUGAUGGGAGGUGAUUUCCAGCAAUACCGAGCCAACGUCGGAUGCGGACGUACCGGCUGUCUCUACACGGCCAGCCUUGGCACGGUGCAGAAUAAAGCCUCGCAUUUUCAUUGUCUCAAAUGUGAUUUUGUCUGCACGGAUACCAACAAAGUGGUGGCUCAUCGUCGCCAGCACCAGAAAACAGACUCGAUCCUUGCAGCCGGAUUCGAGAAAUUCACGCCUUCGCAAAACUGUCGCGUCGACAGCUGCCCGCACUCUAACAAGCAAACGCACUACCACUGCCUCAAAUGCUGCUACGCCGUUCUCGGUUUAGCCCAAAUGUCAGCCCACAAGUAUCGCCAUCUCGAAUCAGCAUCCUCGUGAGCGUGCGGAACCGACCUUUUGAGGUCAUUCAUCGAACCGUUUGUUAAGGUAUCGAUGAUCGAAAUAUUGGAGAAACAAUUGAGCUGGCGAUCGAUCGCCCACAGCCAAACAUCAUCCUACAACAGUAUAUACAUAAAAUAAGAUUUCAAAUUCUAUCGUUGAGGUAGGGCGUAGAAUAUAUUUCCAAUUAGAAAUUAGGUUUCUAAAAAAAAAAAAACAUGUCACGACAAGCAUUUCCAUGCGACUCAAAGUUUUACGUAAUUUUCUAGUUUACACUUCCUCGUAAGCGAAGGCCCGCUUGCCCCAUGCCAAUUGUAUCCAAUUCGACCUCAUGCGCCGGAUCGCUCCGAAAUAUUCGCUUUCCAAUUUUAGAGUCCACUUUUUGUUUUCUUUUGAUUCGAGUAUAAUCAACGCCUAGUUCUCUAUUAGUAUUCAAAAAAAAAAAAAUAAAUAAAUAAAUAAAAAUAAACAAAAAAUUAAAUGAGACUAGAAAUUCGAGGCAAACCAAUUAAAUGUUGGUUGGAACUAGACAAGGACGGAAUUAACAUUCACGGGAAGGGCCACAGAUCAAUGCGUGAUUUUGCUGUUGUUGUAACAAUGGGGUGAAUUAUUGCGAUGAAAUGGGAAUGUGAUUCCUCUAACGUGGUUAGCUCAUUUUUUAAACCUUCACGCUUCUCAUUGGGAAUGAAAAAAAAAUUAAAUUUUGAUUACCGACCAGAUAAAGUAAAAAAGAAUAAGCAAAUCGAAUUUUUUUGUUUUUCGUCAGGUAUGCGGUGAAACCGUCUGAUGUUUACCAGAUAAAAAUUGGUCACUCGAAAAUUGUACGUAGGUCGUAAAAUAGUCUUUCAUGGAAAUGGCAUUUUUUGUUUCUUUCUGAAAAACAAAAACAAAAUUGAAAUCUUUCGGAUGCGGCAUUGCCGCGUUGAAAGUCCCACAUUUAUUCUUGAGAAAACAUCUGUCCUAAUUUUGUUCUUCUUCUUCUUCUUUUUUUUUUUUUUUUAAUCGUACAGUACGUGUUUAUUUAUUGAUAUUUUGUGUUGGGGGUUAGUUCUUGUUUUAUCGAUAUAAUUGAGUUGAUCUUUUAUACUCAAGUGCCAUAAUGACGAGGACGAGUUAAGAGAUAAGAAAAAAGACAAAUUGGUUCAAUCAAUUUGAAAUGGAACAGUGCCAGUAAUAUGAAGAUUGUCGGUCUUCGCAGCAACACACGGUGUUUCGCUGUGGUCAAAGCGGUGCCUAUUCUCCUUCCUUUUUUAUUUUGUUUCCUCCUCCCCCCUCACCAUUGCCAACAAACUGUGCCCAUUAUAUAGUUGAUAGCUUUAUGACUUGUGGAUAGUUGUGAUCUUUUUUAUUUAAAGAAACCGAGAAACAGGUUGAUCUGUGCCAUCAUGAUACGUAGACCAGGCUCACUCUUCAAUUCUAUUGUCAAACCAACGUAAAAACAUAUUUGCCCGGUGUCUUUUUUAUAGCUGGAAUAUCCAUUAUUUCGUCUAGUUUUUCGUAAGUUCAAACGUUUAUUAAGUCUCGAAAAGUAAUUUCUCUCUUUCAUUUUGCUCCUUUUUUUUUUGUCUUUAAACAAAGAUGUUUUCGUUAUUGCCGGAUAUGGCCGCCACGCGCGCCUUUUGGCAUCGUAGUUUGUCUGUGUAAUUCAAGUGCUUUAAGAAUCACUUGCCCCGUGCCUGAUUAUAUAGUAUUGUGCAUGUUAGCGGUCAGAAAAAAAAACGAGCCAAACCCAAUUUUGAAUUUUUGCCACUUCGGGAUGGGCUAAAAGAUCCCAAACAUCAGGAAGGAAAAAAAAAGAAAUUGUGGAACAUUUUUUGUUUGUUUUGUUUGAGAGCCUUGAUAAGAGUUUCCUGGGACCAAACAAAUCGGCUGCAACGUCGUAUCGUUUACUCCCGACCGUGCGUGACAGGCACUUGCUUUCCGGUCUGAAAAGAAAAAAAAAUAUUCAAAGUGGUCUAAGAGCACGUGCCUUAAUGUAAGGAACUGAUUGCCAACAUGCGCAGGUUGGAAUGCGAAACUGGUGUACUGUUACUUCCCACCUUUGACUUUUUGCUGCUCGCCGACAUUUGUGCUCCUUUGUUAUUUCUAUUGGCGAGAAUGGCCAUCGCUUAUGUCGCGCGGAUGCGUCACUACGUAAUAAAAAAAAAAAUGCCUGUCUAACUUGGAUGUCAUGAUGAUGAGAAAUGCAUACGUAUGUCUCUUUCCUUCUGUGAAAUACACGCUUGAGGAAGUUUGUCUCAGUAAUAAAAAAUGUUUUGAUCACGUGUUUCUAUUGUCUUUCGAAAUUUCAAAUACAAUUUCGAGAUAAUUAAA